AUGCAAGAGCUAGACCAAUUCUUUACUGAAAUCGGUGAAGAGAUUGCAAAAGACGUAAAUAAAAAAUCGUUAUUGCAAGAUCUUGAACACCGAUUCGAUCUUUCCAUCAUCCCAUUCCUGUCACAAGUAACUUUAUGGACUUCAACGAGUCCAAACAAACUUAAGGAAGUGAUCAAUAAAGACGCGGAGCUAGAAGGAGAGCUCAGAACAAACUUACAGAACUUCAAUCAAGAAUUGUCUACUUUAGAGUGCAAGGCUGGACAGAAGGAACGUCUUUCCAAUAAAUUUAUUGAAGACUCGAUUCAGAUUUUAUUAAGCAAAAGGUACUUCCAAGUACUCUCUAAUGCAUUCGAAAACGACCCAAUCAAUAUCGAUUUGGUAACCAAUGGCGAUAAGUUAGGAGUUAUGGCAACUCCAACAGAAAUUUACUCAUCCUUAAAUGUUCAAGAGAUUAAUUAUCAGACCUAUUUGAUUGCUUUACUAAAACUCAUAGAUAUAAUAGUUGACUACACAACAACAACCGUGAUCAACCAAUCCAUCGGCUCUGCAAAUGUGGCAUCUCCUAAUUAUACCAUUGGCUUGAUCAAUCUGCAAAUUGUCUCCAAGAUACAAAAUGGGUUUCUGCUAUUGGACUUGAAGAAUGAUAUCUUGAGGAAAAAAUACGACAGUUUGAAAUACAGUUCGCAAAGAUUAAACAAGAUUGUUUAUGAUCUUUCGUUAAGAAAUUUGAUAACAACUAGUGCUAAUAUUCAGUGA